AUGAAUUCAAAAUUACCAGAGUACACAUCAUCUUCAGAAGUCCUUCCCAACUACACAUCGUCGAUAAACUUUUAUGGGUUGGCAUUACUAAAGACUGAGUUCUUAACUCCAUACCAGUACAACAACGGUCACAGGUCCUGGAAGCCAGUGCUUUUGCAUAUGAAUUCGACCCAGUUGAACAUGUACAAUUUGAAUGCCGACAAGAAAUUACAGGACCUACUCAUCAAUUUGUACUUUGAAUUGAAUAACUUGAACCAGUUAACCAUCGAUCUCAACACAGAGUACAAAAAGAACAAUGGAAUGGACUUCAACUCAAAUCAAGUUGACUUGAAUGAUAUAUUUUCUGGUGAUGCUUAUGGCGGUCUUGAAGGAAACAAGUCAAUGUUUAGCGAGUCCAAGUUUGGCAAAUUGAAGAACAAACUCAAGACGCAGAAAAAUCACAAGAUAUUAGCCACCAUUUCAAACUACUACAACAUUUUAAAGGACAACCAGUUGCUUUUCGAACCUAGCAGUGCUGACAUCAAGGGUACAACGUUUGAGAAAUUCAAAGGAUCUUUACUCCAUUCGUAUUCUUUAGCCCAUUUACAAGUUGGCGAGGCGCCUUCUUUGAACCAGUUGAUUUCGGCAAUGUACAAAGAAGAUCAUACAUCAUCAACAUCAAACACUUCGUCACUAGUCAAGUACAAAAACUCGCUUCGGUUGAGAAUUGAAUAUAAACAAGUAUUGCUACAAUUUUGGUCAUUUCAUGGAAUGAUUAGCUGGUUCAGGAACUUGUCUAUUGGUAAGGAUUUGAGUUUGCCUUUGGAAUUGAGGACAGUAACAAAACUAAAGUCUAUACCAUCGAGAUACAGUAGCAGAAACAAUGCGCUACUCGCUGCUACUGCCGCAGCAGCUAGUUAUGGUAGAGGAAGACACCAUAGUGUCGAGUCAUCUAAUGACGAUCGUGCAAUGAUUAGAGCUAGCCAGUUGACGCAUAAGGAGCUUGAUUCAGAUGUUGUCAGCACAGAUGGUGAAGACGAGUCGAUAUUUGACAAUGUGCAACAUGCGAGAAGAGAAUCGGCAACCUCGUCAAUAUCAUCUUCUGACGACAUGGACUACGUAACCAUCAAUGAUUACAAGUUUGUAUCAAAAGAAAAUGCUUACACAACUGUCGAAAAGCAAUACAUAUCCAACUGUGUGCCCGAUCUUAAUUCUUUUGACAAAUGGAAUGGCAAACUCAUCACCGUAAGCAAUGCUGAAUUCUUUGUGAGAGACGAGAGAAAUUACAAGAACAAGGAUGAUGUUUUCAUUAGUUACAAUGCACUAGGUGACUUGGUCCAGCUGUACGAUAGAAAAUCUUCCAACGCACACCAACAAAACAAACUCAGUUCAACAAGAACAUUUUUGAUCCAUCAGAGUGGGUUAGUUGGUGUUGCACAAGAAUGCUGA